AUGGAGAUAGCCUUAGCUAGGGCACAAUUAGAUGAACCUCCAGAGGCUACUAUGGCACGUUUCCUAGCUGGUCUUAACAUGGAGAUUGCACAUGUUGUUGAGUUGCACUUUUACACUAAUUUGACUGAGUUGGUGCACAUAGCCAUUAAAAGAGUCAUGGUGAUUCGGGAGGAUGGGGAGGUAAAGAGUGAGGAAAAAAAGGAGGCCGAGCCUUUGAUGCUAAUUGAGGGGAAUGAAAAUGAAGAGGAUGUGCAUAUUGAGGAGCCAUCCGAUAGGUGUGAAUUUACAUUGGUUACAAUGAGGACCUUGAGUGCUCAACCUAUUGUGGAUAGUGAUGAGUUGCAAAGGGAAAACAUAUGUCAUACUAGGAAUACAAGGAUGUGUUUUCAAAUGAGAUACCCUCAGACAGCCUAUAGGAGUAGUAUAGCUGAGAUUAAGGAGCUUCAAAGACAAGUAGAUGAGCUUUUGGGUAAGGGACAUGUCCGUGAGAGCAUGAGUCCUUGUGUGGUUCCUGUUUUGCUUGUGCCAAAGAAGGAUGGGACAUAUAAGAUGUGGAUGGAUUAUAGAGCUAUGAAUAAAAUCACUAUAAAGUAUCGCCACCCUAAUCCUAGAUUAGAUGAUUUGUUGGAUGAGUUGCAUGAUUUUUGCAUUUUUAGUAAGAUUGAUUUGAAGAGCAGUUACCAUCAAAUUAGAAUAAGAGUUGGUGAUGAAUAG